AUGAGAGGAUCGAGCAGGUACCUGCAUGGCCCACAAGACUACUCAAUCAAUGACCACAGGUGGCGGCUGACGCAGAAAUCGCCACAGUUCCUCCGGCGUACCUUGCCAGGUAUCAGAGCAGUCGUUGCUCAAGCACUUCUGCAAUGCUACCGUCUGACAAAUCCUAAUUUCGAAGAGCUCAUUGUCGACGUUGAGACACGGGAACACGCCGAAGCGGCGUCUGCACUUGUACCUAUGAAGGUGACCCCAAGUGUUCAAAACAAUGUGCAAGUCGUCUCGAGAAAGCAAAAAAAGUGUACACAUGGCAAGAAGAGGAAGAGGGACCAGCCUGGGAUCAGGAUGUUAAACAGGCCGGUUGAGUCAUCAAAGAAGAAGCGCAAAAUAGAUGUAUCCGUGCUCGGUCUUGAAGGUCCAUGCCAGUCAACAAAGCAAGCUACCAAUACUUGUAAGCAGAAGCUCUGCCUUGAAAGCGCUUCGAGUUCAGAGCCCAUGCAACCUCAGCGAAACUCCAUGAAGCAAAAAGCAAGCCAGCACAAAACCACAACCCCGAUCGACCCAACACCUCUACCACCCCACCCGAGUGGCUCUACGACUCCGGAACUCCAUCAACAACUUCCUCCCAAUGCAUAUCUCACACUGAAAGAUUCUUUCGAGAAGCCUGUUUGGCGCUGCGGUAUCAGACAUGCUAUGGGUCAUUGCUACAAUGCCGGCGAUCGCAAAAACUACCCUGGGUGCUUCACCGCACUCUCCGACAACGUCAAUGCAAAAGUCAUGGACUUCUACCUUCCCUCGCGUACGCACUUUCACCAACCCAAGCCCGCGUCGCGCUGGCGCCCAAGCAAGCCGUUCGGUCGCACCCGGCGCUCUACGUGUCUGAGCCAUAACAGUAUCGCAAAGGAAGCGUAUUGGUCCACCAUAGUCACUGGUUCGACUGAAAACGAUGCACUCAGAAUCGCAGUUGAUGUUGUGACUGAGCAGAUCUAG